AUGCCAUUUGUGCAUGACGUCCCAAAAUCCACAGAAACGCAACUUGAACAAGGUCGAAGUGUUUGUGAGAACCAUCAAGAGUUGGAAACGACCACCGCAAUUCUUGAAGCUGCAUCCCCCCGGCGAACAAACGAGUCCACCGGUCAGGUGCCCGUCAAUCAGUCGUCUGAUGCUGGUGCAGAUUUGGAAGGGAGCAAUCGUUCGAAUCGAAUGAUAACCACUGCUGGUGACGCAUCUAACGAUGGCCGUAUUGAAUCUGAACAGACGGGCGGCAUUCAGAUGGCUACUUCUAUGAAUCGUAGGAGCACUUCGGAUGAACGUAGUUUCAGUUUCAUUGGCGGGUUGGACGAGCGUCCGAAAAGUCGAAAAAAAGACAGCAUACAGCAUGAGGAUGAAAAUAAACUUGUGAACAUUUCGCAAGAGCACGUAGAGCCAUCGUCACCAUCAGCCCCCGGAGAUAAUGUUCGAAAAACGAGCGACGAGUCAUCGACGUCGAAGGAUGACGGUCAGAUUCGUUUGCAGCGUUUCGGUGGUAAAUUCGCUGGUGAAGUCACCAGUGAGGAUAGCUUGGACACUAAAGAUCCUGAAACGUCGCGAAUGUAA